AUGCACGGCGCGAAGCAGCGGCCCGCGGGCGCGCACCCUGGCCAGUGGGUGCUCAUUGCACCAGAGACUGCUACUGACCUGCCUAAAACACCUGACAGCGAACCUUUGUUUACAAAACUGCGUAAUCCAAGCACAGGGGAAGCAACCCUUUACUUAUUCAAUAGUGGUGCACAGCAGCUGUUUGAAGUAAAAGCUUUUCAUGAGGAAUAUCAUUCCUGGUUUAUAGGUCAGACUGUUCAACAAGAUGGGCGCCUGCUGUUUGUUACACCAAUGGACCCCUUAUUUCUGAUACUUUACUACCUCAUCAAGGCAGACAAGGAGCAGCAAGGAAAGUUCCAGCCACUCGAUCAAGUUGUGCUAGACUCUGAGUACCCUAACUGCGUCUUGCUGCUGAAGUGUGCAGAUGUUAAGCAGUACAUACAUCAUGUAACAGAAGAAAAAGAGAUUGGCAGUCAGAAAUUCCACAAAUACAGCCAAGAGAAGACACUGAAGUGGUUAAAGAAAAAGGUCAAUCAAACAGCGAAAGCACUUAAAAACAACAAUAUAAUUGUAGGUGAAAGGGUAUAUGCAACUGCAUUUGUCAGCAAUAAACAGAUCACAGAUACUAAAGAAGACUAUGUACGAUAUGCACAUGGAUUGAUAUCAGAAUAUAUUCCUGAAGAUCUCAGUAAGAAGUUGUUACAAUACUUAGGGCUCCCAGAACUUAAAAGCCCAGUACCAGAGCCACCGUUGAAGAAAAGGAAAUUAUCAGAUGUCCCUGUGGAAGCAGAACAAGAUUAUACUAAGUUUAACAGCACCAAUCCGAAAACCAAAAAGGCAAACAUCAAGAUGACUGCAGCACAAAAGGCUCUGGCCAAAGUUGAUAAGAGUGGAAUGAAAUCUAUUUCUUCUUUCUUCAGUUCCAAAACUAAAGCAUCAAAAUAAAGACUUGUUCUUGAAAGAGUUUUUAUAC